GAGCGGAGGGCAGCGCGGGGCAGCGGAGCGGAGCGGCGGCGCUGCCGGGGCAGCGGCGAUGGCCGAUUACUGGAAAUCUCAGCCUAAAAAAUUCUGCGAUUACUGCAAGUGCUGGAUAGCAGACAACAGACCUAGCAUUGACUUUCAUGAAAGAGGAAAGAAUCAUAAAGAAAAUGUGGCAAAGAGAAUUAGUGAGAUUAAGAAGAAAAGCUUGGAAAAGGCAAAAGAAGAAGAAAACAUGUCAAAAGAAUUUGCAGCAAUGGAGGAGGCUGCAAUGAAAGCAUAUCAAGAGGAUAUGAAAAGGCUUGGAAUUAAGCCAGAUGAUGUAGGUUCCAGUUCAACACAGAGUAAAACGCAGAGUAACACAGUGGAAACUAAAGGAAAGAAAGAAAAGAAGGAAAAGAAAGAAAAGAAAAAAAAGACACCUCGGGAUGCCUCAAUGUCACCAAAAAUUGAAACAAAGGAGUGGGUGCAAGGAUUAUCUCCCGAAGGCUAUACAUACUACUACAACACAAAAACUGGAGAAUCACAGUGGGAGAAACCUAAAGGAUUCCAAGGCAACUCUCAAAACUCACAAACGGGAGCAGAGUGGGUGGAAGGUGUCACUGAAGAUGGUCAUACCUAUUACUAUAACACACAAACUGGAGUAUCCACAUGGGAGAAACCGGAUGGUUUUGUUUCAUCUUCAAAUGAGAAGGGUCAACGUGACAAGCCUGCAGAAACAACGUCUGAAUCAGACUCAGAAGAUAGUGAGAAUGAAGCAGAGAGUUCAGAAAGAAACUUCAAGAGGAAAGGAGAUAAUGGCGAAGAAUCAGAGGAAGGGAAAAAAUCUCCUAAAGCUAAAAAGUUAAGCCCUUACGGGAAAUGGCGAGAAGUUAAAUCAGAAGAAACCAUGGAUAAAGAGGAGAAUACAUCAGCUUCCCAAGAAACCUCUAGUGAUGAAUCCAACAAGACCAACCCUUAUGGAAAAUGGAAAGCACUUAAGGAAGUAGGGGAAGAACAAGAAGAAGCAGGUGAAAAAGUGGACCUGGAGCUUCCAAGCACAGAGAGUGACAAUGUAGCACCUGCAGUGCUAGAGGAGCCUGAAGAGGAAACAGUCAUAUUUAAAGAGAAGACAGUCACCUCCCUUGGAGACCUGACAGAAGGGGUGCCAACGUUUAAGAAGAGGAAAUUUGAAAAUGGAAAAUCUAGAAACUUAAGACAGAGACUGAGUGAUCAGUAGUACUUACCAAAUCAUUUUAGAGUCUUUACGCUAGAGUGAAUUGAAAGUUUAAUAUUUUAAACAGGCUUUUAUAAAGAAAAUGUUGGAUAGAAGUUAAGGAUUUAUAGGUAUUGAAAUAUAUAUGAGUUUAAUAUUUUUUUAUUUUAUUUUGAUGUGAUUGGUUUUGGAAUGGAACUUUGUGUUAAAUUACUUAUGCAAUAUUGUAAAUACAUGUAUUCUUUAGUUUAACCAUGCCAUCCAACUUCUAUUUGCUCUGUGUGUGCUGUUUUAAAUACAUUUCAUAAGGUUUUUUACUCCUUUUCUAAGUGUGUAAGAAUCUAGGAAUCCUUUCUCUGACAAAAAUGAAGCAGACCUUUUAUUUUCAUAGAGGAACUGGAUCAAUAGAAUAUACUAGAGGGUAUUAUCAUCCUCCAAGAUUGUUUAUGUGGUGUAGUUUCUCCACUAAUGAGUAAAAUAUUGUGCUUACUAACCUUCGGCUGAUCGCUUGCAAGAGUGGGUGGUGAGACUGCCAACAUUUCAAACUGAUCAUUUGGAAGCUGUUUUUAGGAGAGUUAGUCACAUCAGUGCCACCCAUUCCAAAUGAUGUUCUGAAGAAUUAUUUGCCUAUGUGCAUGAUAAAUGUACUAAACCUCUGCAGAAGAUUUAACCCUGAUGAAUCCUAACUUGUAGGAACAGCACCAGAGCCACCCCUGUUGGAGUAGACAAUUCUGUGAUGUCUUCCUGCUUUAUUGUUGUCUACUUGAAUCUUUCCUUCCUUUUACUUAUCAAGUUUUCUUUUUUAGUCUUGCUUUCUUUUUGUCUCUUUCCUAGCAAAACCCCAUUUACCUGAUAUUUUAAUGAAAACAUACUCUAGAGACUUGGCCCUGCCACAGCAUACAGGACCAUUUUUGAGGUGGUUGUGUUUUUUCUGUUGAUACAAAGUGUGUUUUAUGGUUGCAGUGUUUGAUAAGCUGAGAGGGCCUAAGUGUGUUGAAGCUUCAUCAUUCUCAGUACCAUAAGGGAGGAAACCGAAAGAUCAGCAGAGCUGAUGGCUGUAGAGUCCAAGAUGACUUAGAUGUUUUUUUAAGGAUUGUAGAUUUGAUUUCUUCACCUGGUGGGAUUGGUCUGCAUUUAGCAUCACCAGGAUGCUAAAUUUCUUGUGUGUGUCAGAAUAUAGCUGCACUCAUUGCUUCUCUAGCCAUCAAACAGUGAACCAUAAAGGUCCAGAUAAUGAAUCUUAAAAACUAUGUCUCUGUUCUUAAAUCUCAUGGUCCUUUUGGUCAGGAUAGUCUCAGUCAAAAAAAAAAAAAAAGGAAUACAUCUAAGGCAGUUGUCAAGAGUCCAGCAAAAUAGAGUUGGUAACUGCUGAACUUGAAUUUCUUUGAGAAAACAACUAUUAAUCUGUUGGAUCAAUUGAAAAUGGAGUGCAAGACAGGGAAUCUGGUUUAUUAUGCAUUACAGUGGAAGUUCUUUUUUCUAAUCCCUGACUUUUACUGUAUGUUUAGAAGAGAAUUAAUUAUUGUAUUUAAUCUCAUGUGUUUUCUUGGCUUCCACAGGGUUUGGUGUAUUGUGUCUGAUGUUUGUUCUGAUAAAUUUGAAAGUUUACUGUAAUAUCUCACCCUGGAUUAUCAUUUAGCAAUGCAGGACACAUGCAGGAUGCUUCAAAGUCUGAGAUGCAGGAAUAUACAACAUGUACUCAAAGGAGAGGGUUUCUUAAUCAGAUUUUUUGGGGUUUUUUCUUACUUGAACAUUACUUCAGGAGCCUACUCUAACUUGAAGUUUCCUUGUGUUUGUGGCCAGUUUACUCUUCCAAUUUACACAAGUCCUGCCCUUGAGCAAAGUAGCUUUCCUUCAUAUUGAAUCCAUCAUAUCUUCUCUCAUUGAAAUCACAAACAGUGUCCUUGCAUGACAGCAUCUUCAGUCCCACCAGUGCUUCUCUUCACCCAUUCCAGCCUGAGUCUGCCUGGACUACACUUGCCUAGAUGGAUUUCCCUGGGCUAGUUCACCUUGAUUAAGGCCAUGUAUGAUGUCAGCACUACUUCCCUUAAGAUAUUGGAAGUAACUCUUGAUACAUCCCUAAACCUCAUUUGCUUUUCACAUGACCCCACGUGCUGUCUGCCAUGGGCACCCUUACCAGUGACUUACCAUUACAUCUGAUUCUCUCUGCUCCUUUUUUUUGCCAGCUGCUGACUUACCAGCUGGUCAUGCUUUCCUUUCAAGCACAAUUCUUUAUUUUCUCAGACAUUUUUUUGUACUGCUGUACUCAUCUGCCUCCGGUUACUCCAAGCCUAAAGUAUACGCAUUUCAUUAUGAUUUCUGAAAAGUUGUUUUUAUUAGUACAGUUUUAUCAAAUUAUAUAGGGUUUUCUUGUAGGCUCCACUUUUAAUGUCCUCUGAGGAGGAUAGCUUUCCCCUUUUAGUGAUGUUCCCAAAAUAUUAGCAUCUUUUCUUUAAAAUGUUUUGUCACUUUGAAGUGGUCACAGGCAGUGAUUUAAGAUACCUGUAACUAAAUCUCUUGAGCAGAUGUUUAAAGACAUCUGAAAAUGAGUGUUCAGAACUUGUUGCCUUGUGGAGCUGCUGUUCGUUGUAAUAUGAACCAAAGGUCUUUGUAUUGUGUUAAAUAGACAAACCAGAACAUUAGGAAAAAAGAUUAAAAAUUUUCUUUGCUCACAGCUAGUAAAGUUAGUUUAAAUACCAUACAUGUGGUUUUAGCUGAUGUGACUUUUUAAGCUUGCAUUUCACACAGAAAUACAGCACUUUGCUCCCCACUACCUCUGAAAGUCAGAGACCAGUUAAUUCUUUGUUCUUAAGUGUAAGUUAUAAAAAGGGCCAGUUGAAUGAAUUUUGAUAUAUUCUAAACCAUUGUUUAAUUUUGCACCUUGCUGUCAGUCAAUUUCCUUACUGUAUAUCUAAAUCAAAUAUUUUCUGCUCUAUACAAAAAUACUGUCUUGUGUGAGAUUUAAGGCAGACGUUGCUUUUCCAGGACAUCUGUUUUGCCCAGAUCCCCUCCCUUCCAUCCUAUCUCCCUGCAGACUCUUCUGCUCUUGGAAUUUGCUAUAGGAACCCUCUAGGUAUUGCCACAGUUACAUUCCUCAUCUGCUAACCCUUCUUUGGGCUGCACUGGCUUUUGACAAAGGAAUGUUCCUUUUACUGUUUCAGCCAAGCGUUGUCUUUUCUGGCUGAUGUAUUUUCUAUCAGACAGAGUGUUUUUAUCUGCUUGCCUGUUUUUAUUGCAAGCUCCUUGAGUUUUAUAUGAUGUCAGACAUUAUGAGCAAUAUGAGGAGACCCAGAGAGCAGGGGGGAGUCGGAGCAGUUUCUGAUGAUGAUUUCUUCUGUGCGGUCUUGAGAUAGUCAGUUCACUGCUCUGUAUUUUUCUUUCCUUGCCUGUUUUCAUCCGCCUUGUCUGCUGAGAAAGGCAGCAGCUUCACAGCAUAAGACUUGUGUGUGUUUUUACAGCAGGGCCUGCCUGAAGUUGGUGAUGCUUUCAGAAGCAAAUAUAUUGCAUAUACAGAAAAAAAAAAAUUGUUGGUUAUUUGCUAUGACGGGAACUGGGCAGAGACUGCUGUUUUACCCAUGUUAUAGAGUAAUCUUUGUUCUGAUUUAGGCUAAAACACAUUUUAAUCUUUCACCUGGGGAUUUGUCGAUUGAAAUCCACACUUUGCUAAUAGGGUAAAGUUUUGUUUGACCUUCAUAGAUAAAAUCUGUGCCUGCAGCAUCAUCCAGUUCCAAUAUGCAGUUUUAGAAGUGGGAGGGCUGAUGAUCCAUGACAUGGAUCUUAGUUAAAUUCACUCACCUGUGCAUGUAUAAAAAUAUUUCUCCUUUUUCUUUUUUCUUCCCUGAAAGAAAUUUUAUUUCAGUGCAAACUUUGGCAUCUCAGAAAGGGAGUAAAAAACAAUUUCAUGUUGCUUGGCUUCUUUGUUUUUUUAAGUUGUGUCUCCCCUUUUUUUAGUACUUUUAUUACUAUUGCUGUCUUCCUCAAAUUGUCUUCCUCUGGUAUUCCCAGAUAUGCAAAUCUCUAUCACCACUGUGCUGUGUUUCUGGUGUCCUCCUUCACCUUCUCCCCUGCUCUGCUGAGAUUUCCAGAAAGCUUCAUGUUCUUCUGUAGCCACCGUUGUGUCCAGGUCCCGGCUCCCACGAGCGCUUCUGCUGCCUGUUUGCACUGUGCUUGAAGAACCUUGUCUGUUUUCCAACAACACACAAGCUGUUUUGAGACUUGAUUACAUGUGCUCUUUUGAUUUCCUUGAUCAUUCCUUUUCCCAAGACAUGUUCCAUUCCUCAUACAGGGUUUGCAGCCUUUAGAUCCUUUUGCUUGUUGGAACAAAAGCUGUCUCUAUAGCUCCUUCUAUCAACUGUGGCAACCCCUCGGUUCUGGUUUGUCAGCCAGACCUCUUCUAUCUACCUCUUAAGUGCCCCUACCUUCUACCUGCUAAAUUAUUUAACUUAGAGUUUGUGUUAACCAUUUGUGUGAUUAACAGGUUUAGCUUUGUGAAAUGUUUCAGGAUAGAACUUCAAUUUCCAUACAAAAAUUUCCAUACAAAGCAAAAGUGUUGCAAAUUAUCAUCUCAAAAAGGCUAAAUUUGCCCAAGAAGAUUCCCAGAGACCCAGAUUUCAGAGAUUCCUGGAGAAUUUGGGGAAUUCCCAAAAGCAGAUUUGAUUUUUUGAUAAAACCAUAAAUAGCCCAUGUUAAAAACCAGCAGACAGUGUUGUACAGACCACAGGCUGGAACACUGGAGUUUAAUGGCUUGCUUGGGGUGAUUGAAAAGCAUUUGUUUUAGUUUAUGAGUAAUGUCUGCUAAGUUAAACAGCUGGUUUCUCUUCUCACUUGCAAUUACAAAAUAUUGCAAGCUCUUGAAUUGGAAUUUAUAUGAAAUACUGAAUAAAGCUUUCAUUUGAACAAUCUA